AUGUUACCAGCAUACGAGUCAGUAGUGUCAUUGAGAAGAAAAUUGAAAGAUGAUUAUGAGGAUACUCCUUUGAAUGGUUCUUAUACACAACAGCACCGGGAACCGUCACAAUAUGUCAAUGUAGACCCUACACAACAACAAAUAAUCAAUACAUGUCUAAAGGAUCUUCAAUCCAAUUUGAACAAUGAAAGUGUGAAACAAAACCCUAGAUACUAUCACGAUGUUCUCAUAUCUAAGUUAUGCUGUCAACAGAUUCUUCAACAUGCUAUUAGUGGUGGUGACAAUGAGAUAAUGGGGAUGUUAGUUGGAAUUACUCAUGGUUCAAGCUUCAUAGUAACCCAGUCGUUCCCUUUACCGAUAUUGGGGACUGAAACUAGAGUAAAUGCGAUGUCUGAAUCGUACGAAUAUAUGGUGCAAUAUAUGGAUGAGAUGUUCUCCGAAGCAGAUAAAAUGAAUCAUGUAGUUGGGUGGUAUCAUUCACAUCCAGGGUACGAUUGUUGGCUGAGUAAAAUAGAUAUGAGUACACAAAAUUUAAAUCAGUCAUAUCAGGAUCCUUACUUAGCGAUAGUAGUGGAUCCUAAGAAGAGUGUUGACCAAAGUGCAAUUAGAAUUGGAGCCUUUAGAACGUUGGAUUCAGGUUUUAAGGACAAUGUCAAUGAUGAUCAUGAAAAUACAACUACAGGAGACUUACCACCAGAUGAAAAUUUAACAUUUUAUGAAUUGCCAAUGAGAACAUAUGCAUCUAAUUUGGAUAUGGCUCUAAGAUCUAAUAAACUUUCCCAUCGAUUAGUUCAAAGUGAUGUUAAUUAUGAAACGCAAUUAUUUGAAGAUUUAUUCGAUAGUAUGAACCAAAUCAACAACUUUAACGAACUAGUUGUUGAAGAAGAUCCUCGAUCACUUGAUAUGAGGACAGAUUUUGCCUCAGAAUCAAUGGGUCCAUCUAAUCACGAUGCAGGUGAAUCAAAACGUACAAAAGUGAAGAGAAGCAUCUCUAAUUCUAUGCGUAGUACACCGUCUAUCGAUAAUGAUAGUGAUAUAGACAUGAUACAUGAUAUAUAUAGUGAGAAGGAGGCUGAUAUCGAGAGUGUUACAAGUAGUGUUGGAACUGCUCCCGAGAGUAGUUUUACAUACUUAAGAUCGCAUUAUAACAAUGGUUCAACAAAUGAAAGUAGUCCCGGAAAUUUUCUUACUUUACAACGAAGAUUAUUUGGGAAUGGACGAGCCAUUGAUGAGGCCCUAUCAAGUAUGCAAGAGUCUACAGACUCCCUAAGAAUGAAUGCAAACCGGGAGUCUAAGUUACAUAGUAUUGAUGAUCUAACGUUUAGUCUUCAAAAGAAUAAUCUUCGGUCUGCAUACAAUAGGAAUAAAAGAGACUUGCUUAGAUAUAAAAUGCAGGAAUACAAAAACUAUCGUUUCUAUAGGGAUACAUUCACCAUUUGA